AUGCUGGCGGCCGCCCCCUUUCAGGAGGCUGCUUCGCUAUAUUGUGACUCUGAAGGCCCCAUCACUUAUCGGCGGGAGAUUGAGAGUCUGGCACCGCAGCAGAUUCCGGCCUCUUUUCAUCCAAACUUCCGUUACCUACACAAAGCCAGGGAUAUUUGUGCGCAUGUGUGGCAUAGUGGAAAAGAGACGCUACCAGCCGUUGUUCUUGUCAAGUCGGCAGUAAGCCACCGAGACCAUCGGGAGACCAUUCGAGCUACCUGGAUGCGCGAGGUUUGUUUCGAAUUUUUUUAACUUUGUGUGUAUUUCCUUGUUCGGCUUAAAAUUUAUAGAUUUAGGCAUAAUGGUAUUACCGACAAGGAUAAGGGAGACUACAAUGGCUAUUUCUGGCUUAUUAGCCAUCGUCAGCCAGUCAUACACAACCUUAAGUGUGAAAAACCCGAGGCUUGAAAUCCCGACCUAUUAGUUAGAAGUCCACGCUUCUAAAUACUAGGACGCGAGCCCGUUGAGACUUUAAACUAACAGGUCGCGUGUUCGAGCCUCGGGUGUUCCACCCUUGGGGGGUCGGGCAUGACUGGCUGACGACGGUUAAUAAUCCAGAAAUGACCAUUUCAGUUUCCACCUAUCUUUGUCGGUAAUAACAUACUGUCUAUAUCAUGCGCCGCUGCGCGGCCGCUGGUCGGGCUUGAGAGAGAGCCCGUAAGGCACAACAGAACGAGUGAGUUCGGUAAGAACGAUCGGUGAGCGCUCCCUACCAUUCAUAGAUAUUCUUUGACUGCCGGCGUUGGUGGCGGUGGCGACGGCGGCGGCGGCGGUGAAGGUGGAAUUUAUUAUGCCAACAUGGUUUUCUAAUUUAUCUCAGGGGCAUAUGAGCCCGGUCACUUCUGACGGGGCAUCCUGGAUCCACGCCUAGCUCCGUAUGCAUGCAUUUGAGAACGGUUCUGUCGGCUUGGUCUGCAUAUUUGUCAGUGAUAGCCCAGAAAACGUCCACGUACUGUUACCACAUUACGAAUUUGUUGUUAUUAAGAAAGCUAAGGAAAUGGCAUGUGUCCCUCAGCAUACAGUGAGAUCCGCCUCAAAUAGGCCGUUUACCACACAUUCACCCUGAUUUAAGCAAAAGAAUUGUGAGAUUCGUAUGGCUAGGCUAUUGCAUAUUUGUGCAGGCUAAACCCUUUUUUCACCGCGAGGCACGGUGCGUGGACAAACGAGGUAAUGUCUGCCAAGUAAUUCCAUAAAAGCUGGUAGUGGUUUUGACGACAGUGGUGUCCUUGUCAGUAAGGCCUGUUGACUUUAAUUCGAAUUUGGCGUUAUGUCCGAUUUACCUGCAGUUGUUGUCGCAAUGCAUAGAUAGAAUUAGUGUAAGUUUUUACGUUUAUAUUUUUUAUCGUGAUUGAUUGGCUCGCCAUCCCCUGUUCGAUGUCGUGAAAUUCAUUCAGUUAUACAGCGUUUGCGUCUGCGAUCCUGGCCGCCGUAAGUCCUUUUUCCCUUUGAUUUGCGGAUGAACUCCUUAAUGUUUAGCGGUACGUUUGAAUCAAUCUUAUGUUUGUUUCUACGACAAACCAUUCCGCGCUCCACACAUCAUUCGCACAAACUAGCUCCAUAUACCUUAGGCUAUGGUAGAGGGACCCUCACCGAUUGUUUCUACAGAACUCAUUCGUUCCGUUGUGCCUUACAGGCCCUCUCUCGAGCUCAACCAGCAGCCGCACAGCGGCGCAUGAUAAAGGCAGAAUGGUAUUACCGAAAAAGACAAAGGAGGCUGAAAUGGUCAUUUCUGGCCUAUUAGCCGUCGUAAGUCAGUCGCACUUAAUCCAGAAGUGUGGAGCACACGGAGCUCGAAUUCGCGACCUGUUUGUUAGAAGUCUAAUACCUCUCAGCACUGAGCCGGGGGCUCGUUGUCCUGUCGAUUACUAUCGGGAAUAUACAACGAGGCCGUGGCUCAGUGCCUAAAGGCGUUAGAAUUCUAAUUAACAGGUUGCGUGUUCGAGGCCCACGUAUCCCACACCUCAAGGUUGGGCAUGAUUGUCUGACGAUGGCUUAUAAGCCAGAAAUGGCCAUUCCGUUCUCCUUUGUCUUUGUCGGUUAUAAUGUUCUACCUUGAACUAUACAUGAUUGACAGGUCAAUGAGCCUGUUGCCCAGUUGUUAGGGCAGUGAACUACUAGCCAACAGGUCAGGGAACUAAAAUGGCACGUCGUUAAUCGUGGCUUGGCAGAUAUCUAAUCUCCAGUUCAACUGGCUCCUCAGGGUUGGCUAUCAGGUUGCAAUGGUUGCUUCUUAGUCCAGCAGAACGGUGACUGACCGCAGCGUGAGGAAGUUUCGUGUGCAGUGUGUCAUCAACACGUGCCUACGGCACACGCAGGCCAGAGCUCUGAGCGGGCCCAUUCGCUGUGCCGCUUUCACAGCAACACUUCCGUUUUUGUCCUUCCAUUGAAACGCUACGUGUAUUGGAGUUGGGUGUGAGAUGUUCGCUUCUUGUCCCUAGCGCACAUUGUCGCUGUAAAACAGUGCGACAAUUGCCUUGUGUUAAAUGGUGCUGUCCUGCCAAUAAGACGGUGAAAGGUGCGAAUGCACAAUCGCUCCCUUCUUCUUCUUCUUCUUCUUCCGCAGGCAGACGGAUUGGCGCUAAAAUCUACAGUAGCUAACAUGUCUCAUGAAUCACUAGGUCAAAUUUACAAAGUAUGCUCCGUUCUAGAAAGGCUUGCUCAAUUCCCACUUGUUCCACUAGCGCGCAGAUAGGUCUACUACUUGAUGCAAAUAACUCUUACUCGAAUACCGACCAGUUCAAUCUCUUAAAUAACUUUGUCAGCAAAGCAUCUUAAUGGUAGUUGUUUGAAGCUGUCCAGCCUCCGAUUUUAUGCAAGCGAUCACCUACCUAGAAGUAUCUUUUUGUUCGACAGCAUGACUAUGUCGAACUAAAUGAGCAUCAACCCCGGCACUAAUGGCAAAACUAUCUCAUCCUGUUUGAAGGAAUUUUGAUAAGGUGUGUUUGUGUGAUCUUUUGUGAACUCAGUUUGAAGUUCCUUUGGUUUCACUGAAGGCCAUCCUCCCAUUCACCCUUCUCCUCCACUUGGCAGCUGGUUUGAAUGCCGAAGUGUGCUGCACUUUGAAUGAGGUCAAGGUUAUUGUUCGCCAAAGGACAGAAGCUCAACCCAGAGAGAAAGAGAAAAACUGCACUUCUGCCAGAGUCUGAAUUAGAGGCAGCUUCUUCGGCUGUCUUAGGGAGUCCAGCCAGUUUAGCCAAUGUGCCGAACCUCCCGAUGUGGGCGAUUCGGUGGUGCAAAGCCUGGUUCGAUUGAUUUGAGGGAGUUCAGUCGCGUUUUGUCGAGCGUAGGCGUGACUGUGGACGUGUGCCCUAUCCUAUCACAAGUCCUAUUAACCUAAUCUCGUUUUGCACCCAAGGCGAUUUGAUGGCUCAGUGAGAGGAGUGGGAGGGUAAGCUCGACGCAGCCGUAGUCUUAUUCUGUCGCAAUUUGGAGGAGGUCAACGUCAUUGUCCACCAUAGGACAGAAGCUAAGCCCAUUGAGAGAGAGAGACUUCACUUCUGCCGGAGUCAACAUUUGAUGCAGCUUCUUCGGCUGUCGUAUGAAGUGCAACCAGUUUAGCUGAUGAGUACCCUACCCUCUGUCUUGUGGGAGAUUCGGUGGUGCGAAAACGUGGCAUUUUAUGCCUAUGCAGGUCUGUACGACAGGUCAAAACCCGUGCCGCAUCUUAUCAACGGUUUUGCUCUAGCGUUGCAACCAAUUUGUCCGACGAAACCUUUAAAUAUACUAACAUUACGCAAUUUGAGUGAAUCGUUAUGUUCUAGAAUUCAAGUUUGAUUUAUACUAGACAGCAUGCCACAUUACUGCUGAGCAAUCUUGCUAAGGAUGUUCUUGGGGUUUAUUUCCAGUUGAUUCUUAAUAUUUGCCCAUAUAAACUGUAUUUUGAUGAGGGAUUUAUAAGACUUUACUUCUGGACGUACUAUUUAAGAAAUUGGUCAGAUGUGGUUGUGUAGCCCGGCUUGAAGUAAACUAAACACAGCCGCCUGAAGUACGUGACUGGUGGUAAUAGGGGUCUUUACAGGUGGGGCCGGAAAACGCACAGGCUAUGAGGCCAAGUAGUUGUAUGCGAAAGUAUAGCUAUAGAAAAUGCCCGGUUGUAGUUUGAGUGGUUGAGAAAUAGUUGUCCUAAUUCCUGACCCUAACCCCUAAUUCCAAAUCCGAACUCUCACUAUAACCCCUCACUUUAACCUCCAACCCUAACCCCUAAUUCCAACAGUGCUGUGUCUAUCAGGUGGGGCUACAUAAUCACAUCUUAACAGAAAAUUUUGUCGGUCAUGGUGGAACUCCGAAAGUACUCUAUGAUGUGACCUUUCGCAAUUCAGCUGUUUUUGCGCACUUUAUAUACAGUCCAUAGUUAAGCCAUGCAUUGAUUUUCAACCUCGGCAACACUCAGAAUAUGCGGCAAUUCGUAAAAACCCCUAUUGGUUUAUAAAUCCUCCCUAGUUUCUAGCUACAAGUGUUGUGUUGAAUUCCUAUGUUCCUGUACGAGAAUUUUUGCGGGAGUGGUACGAUCAUAUUAAAGCAAUUUUGCCAAAAAAUAUGCGCUGUUAGUCUGGAUUCCUGUAAUCUUCGUCGUCAUUAAAGCUUUUCUGACCCGCAUACAUGUGAUAAUACCCAGUGGGGAUUAAUAGGUACAAUGUGUGGUAUGCGUGUGUGUGUGUGUGUGGUUUCUUUGAACUGCAGAAGCCUUCCUCAUGCCUAUUGUCUGCAUCGUCGAAGUGUCUGCGGUUGAUUCGAAGUUGGGAGUCUGUUUGCCUUAAUCACGGCGUGAUGUUUUCCACCAUUUUUAUGAUUAGAUGAGGGAACUCAAUAUACCCGUCGUCUUCCUCCUUGGUGCAUACGAACAUGGAAACAAUUCUGGUGAGUUUGCCUGCUUUGCGUUAUUUUCCUUUCAAACAUAAACAGUGUUCGAUUUCCAGUGCGUUACCUAACUCAUGAAAUGUGUCGAAAUUCAGGCAUGAUUGCCUCUCACUCGCAAACCGACACUAUUUCAUUAGUCCAAUGACUAUGUUAAUUAACUACAAGUUUUAAUGAAUUAGAAGCAUAAAAGAAAUAAAAAAAAAGGCAGUGUUGCGUUGUUGAGAAAUGCUGAUUUUUUAGGAAAGCGCAGUAUUACGAAAACGUCAGAGAUGGAUCUAAUUGAGGAAACUUCGUUUUCAGAUGUAUAGAAUACAUUCUCAUACCAAAAACGUCGUAAAUAGGAAGGUAGAAAAAAUAACGUCUAAUAAUAAUGUUCCAGUGAAGUUUACAUCUAAAUGUCGUUUAAAAAUUAGUUUAAUUUCAUAUACGACGGUUUGUCAACUGCCUACAUUCUGAGUGUAGAUCCAUAAACAGUGCUCCAGGGAUUCAUGUUAUUCUUGACGUGGGGUCAGCAGGAAAAAACUGGAUUUUGUUUGAUUUCACCCGACGGGUGCGUCGUAGGAAAAAUAAAUGUUUUCAUAAGUUGACAUGCCAUGAGGCAGGUCGGUGCCCAAUAAAUUUAAAUAGGACUGGCAGGUGUGUUCGUAAACUAACUAUUUUGUAGAGAAGAAGUGGUAGGUAUUCUGAGACGAUAUAAUGAAAAGGGAAGGGGUUCUUCGGAAAAAAUCGAGUUGUACUCGUCGAUUUUCGAAUUGGUGACACCAACCAGUCGUCAGACGAAAUGAGGAGAAAACAGAGAGAGUGAGACAAUCACACUUGACUGGUAGACGCGACAGGGCAAACAUUGACGGGCGGACCAUUAGCGUGUGAGGAGGGAUGCGGGUAGGGAGUCAUGCUGGGUCCUGUGUUUAUAGAGAGAACAUUUCUUCUUUUAAAUUAAUUUACACUUUUCGUUCGUUUCGGAUUACGUUGAGUUUCAGAUCGACCUAGAAGUGUUGCUGAAUACUUCAUUAUUUUCAGUGUUUUCAUCUGAUCUUUCAUGAAGACAGAGUCUGAAUUACCUGUUUGUUGAGAACUUUAAAAUACGAUUAUUCUUGAUGGCAUUCACCGAAUUAUUGGGUGUUCGGGCGCUCCUUUUCACGAAGAUGAUCGUUUUGGUCACAUGUGAAGAGACAUUCAAAAAUCAAACUUCAAUUUCGCGAUAACUAGCUGUUCACAACGAAAGUCAGCAACGAAUAGGCCUUUGAUCAACAAGUAAACUUUUCUUACUAGGUUAACUCAUUAAGCAGUGCCUUAUUGCUGCACUCGGUUUACCGAUCUCUGCGUACUUUGCAUUUUUGUACGAUGGGGCCAGGUAAAAAUUUGACACUUUUGGCUGUUUCUUUCACGUUUCUAAACAAUACUAGUGGUUUUCUACUGCAAACUUAAGAACAUGCCUUUCUGUAUACACUGAGGCCAUUUUCGCUGUCCUUGCCUCGCUUUUAGACUCCGUUCAUCGAUUAUGAAUGCACGGCAGAACGCGCAUAUAAAUACUGAUAUUUUGCUGAAACUAGUAAUGUUUUGCUCGUUCUCUUUCUGAAUAAGGCAUACACAGGAGCUGAACUGAUAGUGGUUUAUUGGAGAUCCGACCUUUCGAGUAGUUGAUUCGUCUACCCAGCUUCAGAGACUGGAAAGUCUUGCGCACAGCUCCUCUUAUAUGGCGCACUUUGUUCAGUGCGUGACGCGCCAAUGCCGCCUGUGUGGCUGCAUCCAACCCGCAGGUCACAGUGACCUGAAUCGCCCCCGUUGGCCGCAGGGCUGACUGACGGCCCCGAAUGUCCCGCGCUGUGACUGUCCCUCGUUGAGAAGGUUCGUAAAGUCAGGUAGACGGGGGACGAAUUGAUGUGGCGGUUGACAGAGCAGUCGGCGGACAUCCUGGCUUCUUGAACUUGCCUUGCUGUAUGAUCACCGCUCAGGCCCACAAUCUCAACGGCGUCAAAGUUGAAAAUGUGUCUCACUUGCGUGGCAUGGGUUGCUACCUCCGACUUUGGGUCCAACAUUCGCAUGGCCAACCUGUGCUCGUGCAUUCGCGUUUGCAGCCGUCGGCCGGUUAACCCAACGUAGUUGCAACUUCCGUAGCUGCAUUGAAGUUGGUAGACAAAGUCAAACAUCUCCUGUUUAGGGAUUGAAUCUUUUGGCUGCAUCACUUGCCGGCGGAUUGUUGAAUCAGGCCUGUGGGCGACACCUAUUCCGAGUGACGCGAGAGAUCUAGCCACGUCUUCGAAGACCCCUUUAGUGUAUGGAAUGUUCAGCCACGAGUUUGACUGACUAUGCUCUUCAUUCCGUUUCUUUGGCUGACUUUGGUUCCGUUUAAUGAAUGCCCGCGGAUAGGCGUGGGCUCUAAAGAGAUAAACCUCCUCCCAGAGUUCUUCAGUUCUUCUCGCUCCUGCCGCUUUUCGAACAUCUGCUGCGCGCGGUAACAACAUCCUGGGAAUCUCUUUAACUAGUUGGGUUAACCCAACUGUGGCUUGUGUGUCUUGACACUCUGGUCCUCUCACUCUCAAUCCCGACCUUCCUUACCUCUCUCAAAACGGCAUGUCCUACGACAAGAGAACAAAAGCGCUCCUGCAGGUAUCUCGUGCCAAUAAGGGGUUGCUUCUCGGUAAGACGUGGUUAUGUAGCCGCACCUGAUGGAUACAAUACUGUUGACCUAUUUAAUUACUUCGAGUUGAUGUGAUUACGUUGGCAUAAUGUUGCUGUGCUUUGCGUUGUGUGUCCCGUUGGCGUCCUUGUUUCUGUGUAUCCGUGUCUAUCUUUUCGGGCCAAUGCUGGUGGCCUUCUUGACUUCCGGCUGGCCGUCUCCUUCAGAAUUUCGCGUUGGAUUUUUCAGAGUCAGGGUUUAUGGCUGCGGUUAAAGGUUAGGGUUUUGGUCAAAGGGUUUGGGUUAGAGUGUUAUGGUUAGGGGUUGUAGUUAAGGGUUAGGGUUAUGGGUUAGGAAUUAGGGCUGGGGUAAUUAUUUCUCAAAAAUUUCUCAAUAGCUAUUCUCUUGCAUACAUAACUCAACCUCGUCGCCUGUGCAUUCCCCGUCCUCACCUGUAAAAGCUCCUAUUACCACGGGUCCCGUGUUGCAGGUGGCUGAGUUAUGUUCCCUCAGGUGCGGCUACAUAACCACAUCUGACCUGUGUCACAACCGACAGGAAGGAAGAACAGCUGCGAUUCUCCGCGAACUGACGCACAAAGAUAUGGACAUCACGGUUCUCUUAUUAGGUCGAAUGGGGAAAAUAUGUACACGAUACACUUUUCUCUGCAGUCGAUGGGCAGUGAAGGUAUUUCACCCGCUACCCGCAUAUUUGGUAUGAUGAAACGCCUACAUGUCAGUAACUAUGAUUAUGCAAUGCCAGUUAAAAAUGGGCUCGUAUGUACGUGUGUAGAGAAGAAGCUACCACCUAGAUAUCACUUUCUCGGCCCUGACAUCAGCAGUUAGACUUCCAGAACAUGGCUUCAGCGCCUUCUUGAGAACGACGUAGGCCGUAAUCCAAGCUCCUCCACCCGAGUCCUUGAGGGAAGACAUGAUCAGAAUCUGCAUACUCAAGGCAGUUGAAGGCGCGCAUUCUCGAGCCAGCAGAUAAACCAAUGGCGCGGACAUCACAAACAAGCUCGGCAUUGUGUGCGUGUGUCUCCUCCGCCGCUAAUCGUUCGCUGAAUCACGGAAAAAGUGUUCGAUACUGAAUACCCUCCGCCAAAACAAAUAACGCCGCUGGACUCUCGAUUUACAUUUUCAGGUCGGAUCUUAUCUCGUAGUCGUACCUGCAGUAGACAAGUCCCUGCGUAACUCCAACCCCUCACCUUAAGCAAUUACCCCUAACUCCAGUCCUUAACCCUAACCCAUAACAACUAACCCUAACCCAUAACCCUAGCCCCUAGCAGGUUCGACUACGAAAUAGGAUCUUGACCAUUUUCGUGAGGCGGUAUAGACCAUGGCGUGGAGCGACUAUCAAGCGAAACGUGAUAAUGACCAUAAUAGUUUUUAUUUCGUCCUUUGCCAUAGCCACAGAUGUUGUAUGGAUUAGCGGUGUGUAAGUCAUCAAGCCCGUCUUCCAUCGAUAAGCACUUUGGUUGGCGAUAUAGAAAUAAUGUGCACUAGCACUGACAUCAAACCUUAAUAUCUCCAAUGAGUUUCUAGUGACUCCAAUGCGACACAGAACUGGAAGUCAAUACGUCCGUGUUUGCUGACUGGGAUGAGUGCCCAUCACAUGGUUCUUUUCGUCCUCGUCACACAUUCUUCCAAAUAAACUGAUGACCCCAGCGGUUCGGGUCACCUGCACAACAACCGUAAAAUAACAGACUAUUCACCAAACCAUCCUGCUGCUAAUUAAUAUGCCUUUUUAUGACUAGAAAUCGACGAGGAGCAGCGAAUCUAUGGCGAGAUAGUUCAACAGGAAUUCAUCGAUCACUAUGACAACAAUACUUACAAAGCAAUAAUGGGCUUUAAAUGGGCCAGUAUGUACUGUCCACAAGCCAACUUUGUGGUCUGUCUGGACGAUGACUAUUACGCGAAUCCCCACCUGCUUGCCCAACUGCUGAAACAUCGUAGCAGGUUGUUGGCCCAGCAACCUUACCAGUUGCUGGGACACGUGUACGAGAAGGGAUCACCCCAUCGGGCCUGGUUCUCCAAGUGGUACGUCUCGCUGGCUGACUACCCCUGGAGUCGCUGGCCGCCCUAUCCCGCCGCGGGUGCCUACGUCACCUCAAUGCAGCUCAUCCAUCUGAUGGCUCUUGAGGCCGACCACGUGGCCUAUCUGCGCUUCGACGAUGUCUUUGUAGGCUUCCUGGCACUGAAGUUGAACGUCCACCCGGAACACGAGGAUCGCUUCAUGCUGUCCGCCAGGACAUGUCGGAUUAAGUAAGUUCUACACCAUGAUAUUUUCAUGCAAAUUGCCACUUCAGGUUGUUGAUGCGUGCCACUUCCUCAUCGUUUUUUCUCGGUUCAAGGCAAGGCUCCCGUUGCCUUCCAGAGAGUUUAGGAUAUUAGUUCAUGUUUUGCUGUGAUUCGUUAAUCUCGUGAAAUCGUUAUUUCCGUCUGGUAACUAUUUGUCCAACUCAUGUCCGUAUCCUCUAUCCCGUCUUCCCAUUCUAGGCUUGACAACGCAAUCGCAUGCCAUACAAUGGGAAGUCCCAGGAUGGCUCUGUGGCUGUGGGAGCACCGGAUGGGUCAUCACCGCAGCUUCCCUUGA